GUAAUAAAGUACAGGAAGAACUCACAAGGCGGAGAUGGGCCAAGCUCAAAGUGAUGUAUCGGCGGCUGAUUCCAUUAACGAUCAAGCUCGAAUGCACUCUCCCUCUUCCAUGGAUUCUAUUCUGGCAGAAGCAGCUGCAUAUGGCAACGAUGAGAAUCAGUCUCUUGAAGCGCAGGCGCAGAAAGCAUUAGACUGCCCUUGUGUUGCUGAGCUGCGGGAUGGCGCUUGCGGGGCUCAGUUCACCGAGGCUUUCCUUUGUUUUCUCAAAAGCACAGCUGAGGAAAAGGGUUCGGACUGCGUUCAUCCGUUUGUUGCCUUGCAAACCUGUAUCAAAGGUAACCCCGAAGCAUUUCCUAAAACAGUCAUGGAAGAUAAAGAAGUCGAGAAAGAAGAGGAACCUGUCCAAGAAUAUAAAAUUUAUCCUCCUUUAUGGUUCAGGAAAUCUCAGAGCCCACAACCAAAACUCUAGGACAACAUUUCAUUGUUUUUUUUCUUGUUUUGUCAUACAUUCUCAUUGCAUAUGCUAUUUUGAUUUUAUUCGAAUAAAAAAACAAACUUUUGUUGCACAAAUACUAUUUUUUGAAUCAGAGUACACAAAAAUAGCAAAAUGAUAGAUUUGUGUGCUUAAAUGGAAUGGUUUUUCUGGUUUGGAUUGUGAGCUAAUA